GGAUAUGCUCUCUUAACCGUUCGAUCCUUCAGAUUCUUUCUUCUUUUAUGACGCUAUAUAUAUGCUCUAACUGCACUUAUCGUUGAACUUUUGGCUUCUUUGACGAAGAGAAGGAUCUGUUCGAGAGAGAAGAACCGCCGUAGCGACUUCAGAUGGCUCGUACCAAGCAAACUGCCCGUAAGUCUACUGGAGGAAAGGCUCCAAGGAAACAGUUGGCUACAAAGGCUGCUCGUAAGUCCGCCCCAACCACCGGAGGAGUGAAGAAGCCACACAGAUACCGUCCUGGAACUGUUGCUCUUCGUGAAAUCCGUAAGUACCAGAAGAGUACUGAGCUUUUGAUCAGGAAGUUGCCCUUCCAGAGGUUGGUCCGUGAAAUUGCCCAGGACUUUAAGACUGAUCUGCGUUUCCAGAGCCAUGCUGUUCUUGCAUUGCAAGAGGCAGCCGAGGCUUACCUUGUUGGAUUGUUCGAGGACACCAAUCUCUGCGCCAUUCAUGCAAAGCGUGUGACGAUAAUGCCCAAAGAUAUCCAGUUGGCUCGGAGAAUCCGAGGUGAACGUGCUUAGAAGAUGUUGUAUUGUUGUUUGGUGAAUGGUAUUGGCUGCAAAGGAGGUGAUCAAAAGACCUAAUUGAUGAUGAUGAUGAAG